AUGUCGAACGCAAACACGAGUGAAAGCGUGAACUUAUCAAGUACUGCAUCGUCAAGUUUCAUAUCAAGAAAUUUUAAAUUCUGGUCCUAUCUAAUCUUUCUCGUUCCAUCGAUACUUUGUUCCUUAUUUGUGUUGUAUCAUCUUCUAUUUGAUCGAACUCUUCGUCGAUCGUUGAACAAUCACGUGAUCAUUCUUCUAUUAUUUACUGUCUUGCUUUGUGAAGUGUCAAAUUAUCCGUGGAUGCUCUAUUACUAUGCCCAUAACAACGUUUGGCAACGAUCGUUCGUGUUCUGUUCAAUAUGGGGCUUUUUUGACUGGGCAAUCUAUAUUCUACAGCUGAUGCUCUUUGCCUGGGCUUCAAUCGAACGACAUAUUCUCAUAUUCCAUGACAAAUGGGUGUCAACCGAUAGGAAACGUUUCUAUGUUCAUUAUCUGCCCGUGAUUGUCAUUCUUAUCUACUGGCUUAUCUUCUAUUCAGUUGUUUAUUUCUUUCCACCGUGUCGCAAUGUUCAGAAUAACGGUUCAAUGGUUUGCAUAACAGCAUGCAUAUUCAAUAAUUUUCCGUUUCGUGCAUUCGAAACAUUUUUCAACAAUAUUAUUCCGAGUUUGAUCAUUGUUUUCGCGAGUGCUGCUCUGCUUUGGCGCGUUCUUCGCCAACGAUAUCGUGUACGCCAACAGAUUCAAUGGCGAAAACAUCGCAAAAUGACUGUACAACUAUUGUGGAUCUCUGCUCUCUAUCUUCUCAUUACUGCGCCAUUAGCAAUCAUCAUAUUCUUAGGUUUGUGUGGCCUCUUAGCAAACAUUGGUACUGCGUUUGGAACUUUGGCGAUAUACGCUAGUUAUUAUAUCGUACUUUUAUUUCCAUUCGUAUCGCUUCUAUCAUUACCAGAACUUUAUAUCAAACUGAAGAAAAUGCUUCAUUUGCAACGACGAAUAGAACGUAGAAGAAACAAUCAAGUGACUCCGAAAUAG